AUGAAUAGUGCAUUUACUAAUUUAGACAGUGAAAUUAAUUUGAGUGAAGAAAUGAAGUCAUUUAGUGUACUCAUACAAGAAAAAAGACAAGAGGCUGAAAUAAUAAAAAAUGAAAGCACAAUGAAAAAAGAAAAGCUUAUUUCAGUUAUCAAUUCAAUACUUAUAUCACUUUCCGAAACACAAUGCUCAAAGUAUACUAAUUUAAAAAAUAAGACAAAAACUAUACUAUUAACAAUCUUGCAAGAAAUACGAGGCUUAAAUAAUGCUGAAGAUGCUAUUGAUAAAGAAAAUGAAGAUAAAGAGCUUAUAGAUGAAGAAAUGAUAUAA